AUGCUCAUAAUUUCUACUUCUUAUUUAGCUACAUCUCGCCACCACACAGAUGUGGAUUCUACAAGUGUUCCAAGGUCAGCGCGAUUCUUGCUCUCAAGUAGUUCUGUGGGAGAUGAUCAAGUCUCCUCUUCCGGUGGAGAGUACAUCAGUCCCGCUUCAGCUUCCUUCGAACACGAGGAAGAGUGUGAAGAAAUAUUUGCCUCCCCUAUGCCACUUCAACUUCCUCCCACUGCCCCUCUAUUCCCAACUCCAUUGCGAAUUUCCCAUCGAAAACUAGAAAGUCCCUCGCCAUCUUCUAGCUCAACUUCACAAACCUCCUCCUCAUCGACUUCAUCUUCUCCUUCGUCUCCAACAUCUAAUGGAAAGUCACCUGUGAAACAGCCACCAUCGAUUCUCUUACAACCUUCUUCUGCACACACCCCUGACUUCUCAUCUCUCCCUAUUCCCACUCGAAUAUCCGAUCAGUCAAUGGUUGGAGGUGGAAGUGAAGGAGGGAACUUAGUUUCUGGAGGGGGUGGACAAUUCCACACUUGUCCUCAUGUCCGUCCCGCAUCACUGCUCUCUUCCCAACAGCGAAAGAUGCUGCUGGGGGUUGGAGCCGAUUCAGGAUUCCAUUUGCAAGGUGGAGGAGGUGGUAAAUCGAAUUCCCCAAAUGCGAUUUUCUCAUCAAUAGGAGGAGGAGAAAGGACAGGAACGGGGACAGAUUUGUCACUAUCUGCGGCGGUAGCAGCCAUGGAACGAUGCAGUCUGGCCUCCUCUGGAUUCCAGUCACAUUCGAGGAAUUCGAGUUUUGAAUCGGACGGAUUGUCUCGGUAA